AUGGGCCAUUCCAGUCUUCCACCUUUGCCUCCACUUGAUCUUCAUCAUAGUGAUGACAGCGCAGCAACCGGUUCUUCCCAAGAGCAAGAACUAGAAUUAGAACUAGACCCAGAACAACAAGAAGAGCAACAACAGCAAGAGCAACAACAAGAUCAAGAGCAACAACAAGAUCAAGAGCAAGAGCAACAGCAAGAUCAAGAACAAGAACAAGAGCAACAGCAAGAUCAAGAACAGCAUCAAGAACAACACCCAUCCUCAGGCCCUACACCCAUAACGACGACAAUACCAAUAUCCGCUGGUCCGAGAAUAACAUGUCCUGAAUGCAAUUUUAUAAUGAGGGUGGAUCUUUAUGACUUACAUCAUGCCGAACGACAUGUCGAUAUGGUUUAUUUGAAGUACAAAAGGAUGCAAAAAAGAAUACUCCUAACGCGCAACCAUGAUGAUGAAUUAUUUCAUUGUCUUUGUGGAAACUUCAAUCAUGAAGAUGCUUUGACAAUGCAUCAUCAUGCAUCUACCGUUUGUGACUUUUCGGACCUCAUACUACAACAACAAAGACCAAUAGCUGAUGAAGCAUCCACUUUGCAUGAUCAGCCGCCUACGACUACUACUGGCCAAGAAGAAGAUCAUCAAGAAGGUGAUACUAAAGAACAAGAUAAGCCAGCAAAUGAUACCCAGCAAGAUGAAGAAGAUGUAACGACAUCGUUUAUGGAGACCACAAUCAUGUUGGAGGAUGAACUCAGCGAAUGGGAAAAACAUACCCAAAGUAUCAAAUCAAGAGCCAAGCUCAUGUCACAGCAGCAUGAGCAGCAAUCACAUCAAAUGAACGAGCAAUUUGCGAGCCUUGCGGAUCGAUUUGGCCACAUCAUGCAAGACCAGGCACAACACUCGCAUGACACGCAAAGGCAAUUGCGCUUGCUCUUGCAUUCACUUUACGGAAAUAAAAGUGCUCUCUUUUCGACUCCUCAACACCAUCGUCUUGAAGGGCUGCAAGAAGAGAAUGCAAGAAAGAAUUGGACUCGCUUACUGGUAAAAUAUCAUUUGGGACGCAAGCUAGAACGCGUGGAGAUCGAAUCAGCAUUACAAGAUGGCGAGAUCAGUAGCGAUAUCCAGGCACCCGAAGUCCUUGACAUGAUCGAUUAUGUGCUCGCUUUUAUUUUUGAAGCGGAUAACAAGUAG